GGUGCCGGUGCGGAGCGCGCAGCAAGGCGGCGGUUACUGCCCCUCUCGCCGGGGUCAGGAGCUUGUUGCGGGCGGACGAGACAGAAGAGUCGCCCCGGCAGUAGCAGCAGCAUCAUCACCUGGCGCUGCGGCGGAGGGGAGGGGAGGGGAGAGGCAAGGGGGGGCGGGCGCGGCGCGUUGCGUGCUCUGGGGCAGCGCGGCUGGUGGUUGGACGUUUAAAGCAGCUGAGCCGUCGCUUGGGUUUCAGAAGCAACGGGGGUUGUCGCUCGUUUGCUGCAGUCUGAGCCGGAGAUAUGGAGGGGAAACAGCCGCCGUCCGGCUCUACCCGGCAGCAGCAGGAGCAGGCGAUAGCGGCGGGGGGAGGCGCUGAGGAAACGUCACGUUUGCCGGCUCGCGAAGGGGAUGCGCCGGCUGCAGGCGCUGAGCCCGAAGCGGGGCUGUCUCCGGCGGCAGCGGCCGGGGAUGCGCUGUGCAGACCGCUGGGUCCGAGCCAGAGCCGCUUCCAGGUGGACCUGGUGGCGGAGGGCUCUGGUCGGACGGCGGCGGACGAGCCCCAGAAACCUGCCGGGCAGGGCGCCGCGGCGGCGAAGGGCAGUGAGGAAGCCAAGGGCAGGUUUCGGGUGAACUUUGUGGACCCAUCGGCCGGUGAUGAGAGCCCGGCCGAGCACGGCGGGGGCCUGGAGGGCGGCGGUGUCAACUUCCAGAACGGGGGCGACACGGUGCUGAGCGAGGGUAGCCUCCACUCCGGGGGCGGCGGCGGCGGGCAUCACCACUACUACUAUGAUACUCACACCAACACCUACUACCUGCGCACCUUCGGCCACAACACCAUGGACGCCGUGCCCAGGAUAGACCACUACCGGCACACGGCCGCCGAGCUGGGCGAGAAGCUAAUCCGGCCCAGCCUGGCCGAGCUGCACGAUGAGCUGGACAAGGAACCUUUUGAGGAUGGAUAUGCAAAUGGAGAAGAAGGGACUCCUCCUGGGGAAGCUGAUGCUACUUAUGCUGCAGACAGUAAGGGAAUAGUCAAGUUUGGAUGGAUAAAAGGUGUAUUGGUACGAUGUAUGUUGAAUAUUUGGGGUGUGAUGCUCUUCAUCAGACUGUCAUGGAUUGUAGGACAGGCUGGGAUAGCUCUUUCUGUCUUGGUUAUUGCAAUGGCAACUGUUGUGACAACUAUCACAGGAUUGUCUACUUCAGCAAUAGCUACCAAUGGAUUUGUAAGAGGAGGAGGAGCAUAUUAUUUAAUUUCCAGAAGCCUGGGACCUGAAUUCGGUGGUGCAAUAGGCUUAAUCUUCGCAUUUGCUAAUGCUGUUGCUGUAGCCAUGUAUGUGGUUGGUUUUGCAGAGACAGUUGUAGAACUGCUGCAGGAAAAUGGUGCACUUAUGUUGGAUGAGACGAACGACAUCAGAAUUAUAGGAGCCAUCACAGUACUAGUAUUGUUGGGUAUCUCUGUAGCAGGAAUGGAAUGGGAAGCAAAAGCACAGAUUGUUCUGCUGGUGAUCCUGCUAUGCGCUAUUGGUGACUUUAUCAUAGGAACAUUUAUUCCACUGGAUAGCAAGAAGGUUAAAGGUUUCUUUGGUUAUAAAGCUGAAAUAUUUACUGAGAAUUUUGGACCAGAUUUCCGAGCGGAUGAAACUUUCUUUUCUGUGUUUGCUAUUUUCUUUCCUGCUGCAACUGGCAUUCUGGCUGGUGCAAAUAUCUCAGGUGAUCUUGCAGAUCCCCAGUCAGCCAUACCUAAAGGAACACUGUUGGCCAUCUUAAUUACCACAAUGGUUUACAUAGGAAUUGCAGUAUCUGUAGGUGCUUGUGUUGUUCGGGAUGCUACAGGUAACAUCAAUAGCACCAUCAUUACUGAACUGACAAAUUGCACUACUGCUGCUUGCAAGUUAAAUUUUGACUUCUCAUCUUGUCAGAAGACAAAGUGUCACUAUGGUCUUCUGAAUAGCUUCCAGGUAAUGAGCAUGGUAUCAGGAUUUGCACCACUGAUUUCUGCUGGCAUCUUUUCAGCCACCCUUUCUUCUGCAUUGGCAUCUUUAGUGAGUGCACCUAAGAUUUUUCAGGCUUUAUGCAAGGACAAUAUCUAUCCAGGUCUUCUAAUGUUUGCUAAAGGCUAUGGGAAGAACAAUGAACCGUUACGAGGAUAUAUUCUAACUUUCUUGAUUGCUCUUGGAUUCAUAUUAAUUGCUGAAUUGAAUGUCAUUGCUCCAAUAAUCUCCAACUUCUUCUUGGCUUCAUAUGCUUUAAUUAAUUUCUCUGUAUUCCAUGCCUCACUUGCAAAAUCUCCAGGUUGGCGUCCUGCUUUUAAGUACUACAAUAUGUGGGUUUCUCUUAUUGGAGCGAUUCUCUGCUGUAUAGUGAUGUUCGUCAUUAAUUGGUGGGCAGCAUUGCUAACAUAUGUCAUAGUUCUUGGACUCUAUAUUUAUGUCACUUACAAGAAACCAGAUGUGAACUGGGGAUCUUCUACACAAGCCUUGACUUACCUAAGUGCAUUGCAGCAUACUGUUCGUCUUGCAGGCGUGGAAGACCAUGUAAAAAACUUCAGGCCUCAAUGCCUUGUUAUGACAGGUGCUCCAAACUCACGUCCUGCUUUGGUUCAUCUUGUCCAUGCUUUCACAAAAAAUGUGGGUUUGAUGAUCUGUGGUCAUAUACACAUGGGCCCUCGCAGACAAGCCAUGAAAGAAUUGUCAACCGACUUGGCCAGAUAUCAGCGGUGGCUUAUUAAAAACAAAAUGAAGGCCUUUUAUGCACCAGUACAUGCAGAGGAUUUGAGAGAUGGGGGACAGUACUUGAUGCAGGCUGCUGGUCUGGGUCGAAUGAGACCAAACACUCUUGUUGUUGGAUUUAAGAAAGAUUGGAAACAAGCUGACAUGAGGGAAGUGGAAACCUAUAUCAAUUUAUUUCAUGAUGCCUUUGACAUUCAAUAUGGUGUAGUUGUCAUCCGCCUAAAGGAAGGCUUGGAUAUUUCUCACCUUCAGGGACAAGAAGAAUUACUCUCCUCUCAAGAGAAAUCUCCAAGUUCAAAGGAUGUUGUAGUAAAUGUGGACUAUAGCAAAAAGACUGAGACAGACACGUCUAAGGCUUUUUCUCCACCAUCCAGUGAAAAAACUCCUGGCCUACAUAAAGAGGAGGAAGAAGAUGGCAAGACUCCAACACAACCACUGUUGAAAAAAGACUCGAAAGGCCCACAUGCUCCUUUAAACUUGGCUGACCAAAGACUUCUUGAUGCUAGCUCUCAGUUUCAGAAGAAACAAGGCAAAAAUACUAUUGAUGUCUGGUGGCUUUUUGAUGAUGGGGGUUUGACAUUGUUGAUUCCUUAUCUUCUGACCACCAAGAAAAAAUGGAAAGACUGUAAGAUCAGAGUGUUUAUUGGUGGAAAAAUAAACAGGAUUGAUCAUGAUAGGAGAGCAAUGGCUACUCUGCUCAGCAAAUUUCGGAUAGACUUCUCAGACAUCAUGGUACUUGGGGAUAUUAAUACAAAGCCAAAGAAGGAAAAUAUUGCAGCUUUUGAAGAAAUGGUUGAGCCAUUCAGACUUCAUGAAGACGAUAAAGAACAAGACAUUGCAGAUAAAAUGAAAGACGAUGAGCCUUGGAGAAUAACAGAUAAUGAACUUGAGCUUUACAAAACUAAGAGCUACCGCCAGAUUAGGCUAAAUGAGUUGCUGAAAGAACAUUCAAGCACAGCUAAUGUAAUUGUAAUGAGUUUGCCAGUUGCACGAAAAGGUGCAGUAUCUAGUGCACUAUACAUGGCCUGGUUAGAAGCUCUGUCGAAAGACCUGCCACCAGUCCUUCUUGUUCGUGGGAAUCAUCAGAGUGUUCUUACCUUCUAUUCCUAAACAUACUGUGCAACAUGCAACUGUUAUGAAAUGGUACUUCAGUGCCUGGAAGAGAGUGACUAAGAGUAACACCACAAAGGCAAAAAGUGACACUUCUUUCACUGUUCCGCUGACUUGAAAGCACACAAGGAAAGUCACUGUAUUUCUAAAGUUGUGAAAUCUUCAGUUUUAUUCAAAUUCUUCUAUAACUUAAUCUUGCUUAAUGAGGGAGGAUUCCUUGUUAGACUGAAGAACAACAAAACAAGCUUUUUCUUUGCUACUUGAAUAGCAGCAAUAAAAGUUUUUUUUUUUUUUAUUUUUGAUCAAUGAAAGGAUUAUAGAUUUAUAAAAGCCUUUUAGCCUUGAGGUGCCUUCUGAAAUUAACCAAACAGCAUCCAUACACCCGAUUUUUGUAAAUUUAUAUAGAAUAUCAAAAUCUGCCUUCAACUAAGACUUUAGAUCAAUCUUCCUUUAGUUUCUAGUCUCUUCCAUCUUACAAUAAAUUAAUGCUGCUUUUCAGUCUUCCAUUAAGCUCUUAUUUUUAGUACUGUAUGUUUCUAUUCAGAAUUUUGUAAUAUCUGUUAGAUUUGAAACAAAGGUAGGGCAAGUCAGUUGGAAUAAA